GUGUUUCUGUAUGAAAUGCAAACAAAACGGUUACAAUUUUAGACAUCAUCCAUACAAUUGUUAUCGGUGCUACAUGUGUGGUAAUGACGGCCAUACAGAAAAAAGUUGUAAGGGAAAAAUAAAACAACAUCAAGGAACGGCCAGUGGUCGCAAGCCAUUAAUUAUCAACAAGGAUUUAUUAACGAAAUACAAAUACUUGUCACUCGAUUUGGAAAAAUGAAAAGGACAAAGAAUCGGUACAACAGUAUUUCUAUGAAAUACUGGCACUGAUUGAGUCAUAUGCCCCAAAAAUGGAUGUCGAGGAACAGAUGCGAAUAAUUGUCGAAAACCUAGAGCCAAGACUACAGAAUGAGGUUAAUCGCAAUUUGAUUACUCAUAAAUGUACAGCUGUCGAAGAACUAUUCUCUGUUAUUAAGGGUAGUGACGACUUUAUGUCAAAAGCUCGAAAAGAUAGAAACUUUACAGAUAACAGACGGCCGAGAUAUGAACGGGUACAGUACGCAGAAGCCGUCAAGUUUGGCAAAAAAACAGCCCAACCAAACACCCAGUAUAAAUUCGGACAACAAGUCAAUAGUGGCCUACAGAAUAAAACUGUUCGUACGGACAAUACAAAGCCCGAUAUGAUUAGCGUUGUCACACAACGUGUUAUGAAACAGUUGAAAGGGACAACAAUUGGGAACACUUAUCAAAAUAAAAACAAAACUUUUGAUAAAACAAAUAAAAAUGUCCGAUAUACUUACGAUAAGUAUAAAAAACCUUUUCAAGACAGAAAAACUACUGGAUGCUUUAAUUGCGGAAAAGAGGGUCACUUUAAGAGAGAUUGCCCGGAAUUGAAAAAAGAUCCAAAGAAAAAUGAGGGAAACACCUCGAGACAAAAUUAGAAGAGUGUACUAAUUUUGUCGAAGAAGAAAUACACUCAAUACUAAACAUAUAUAACGACGACUUACCGUACGAAUGUAUUAAGCCCACUUC